GAAAAAAGCGAAAGAAAUCACAGGUUGCCGGGCAACCCUACACGAGAUUACAAGGCCUUAGAAACCCCCGGUUUAUUACCCCACGCAAGGACAAUGACAAGGCUUUUCAAUUUUCGGCUGUGAUAACUCGCGAUGUUAUUACGCACAGCUCUCACACGUACAAAUGAAAAAUCGAUUCAUCAGUCUUACCGCUAUUAUAUGUGUCCGAGAGAGCUGAGCAUGUCCAGCAAUUUUUUCGCUAUUUAUAGAAAUAGGUAUAUCAUCCAAGCUCUUGCGGAUUAUUUUUCCCCGAAUUUUCGUCUAGCUUAAAUCAUACCAAAUUGUGCUCGAUUAUUUACAAGCUAUAUUAUGAUUAUACCAACGUGUACCAACGCGCGCCAAGAAUGGCAGCUAUUAUGUUUAUAACAUAAAGCAAUAAAUCUUCUUCUUGAACGUAAACUUAUACGAGGGUCAACUAACCCGCGGAAUGCUCGCAAUCGAGCUUACACGAUCAGCUCCAUUCAUAAAUGGACUUCUUCAAGUUGCCUUUAUCGUCCGGAUGUAUCAUCAUUCAUGCCGUGUAAAACGCGCGAAUAUAGUAGUAAAUAUUAAAUAUGUAAGGAAGUCACGUCUACUGUUAAACAAAGGCAUUAAUUUGUAUUACCUGCUUUUCCAACCAUUUCAAAUUACACUUAUCUUACUAAUACUCAAUUUUUGUAAAAUUAAACAAAUCUAAAAAGAGCUGUACCACUUGUGAUACUCGUUAAAUUAAAAAUCCAUAUUUUGCAAUAUAAUAAUUAUCACCUUUUCUCCGUAGGUAUAUCAUGUGCAAAUUAAAAAUCUUUAACCAUAUACAUCGUUAAAAAAGGAGCCGAACCGGUGGUCGGUAUAAAAGUUCUUACUAUACUUUUACUUAUAUGCGGCGCUCGCGUCGCUCCGAAAACCACGUGGAUGCUUUACCACUUUACUGCAGUCAUGCACGAAUGCCGGAUCGUGUAAACACACGGGGGGUAUUCCAAUCUCUGUUCUCUAAUACUUUUUUCAUAACAUUGCGAAUUAUUUAAGAUUAAAUAAGGUUUCGUCAAGAUGUCGGAGAAACAGCAGUUUGACGAGUUCUUGGGUGGCUCGGAAAAAUUGCCCAGAGAUGCUCACGUUAUCAAACUUGCUACGGCUAGAGCCAGUGAAAUAGCCGCUAUGAACUAUAAAUUAGAUCAUCCCUCGCAGACAAAGCUGAUAUUUCAAAAGCUCCCUGUACACAUGCGUCGCAGAGUGAUGUCCCACAAUGCCAAGCGUAUGCCAAGAAAGUUGAGAAAUGGACACUUGAGUCAGAUGAUCAAGUCUGGCCUGCCACCCAAAACCAAAAGACCAUCCAGAAAGUAUCGCAGAAGACCUAAGAAUUUACUUUUGGAAUACAACAGAAGACAGAGAAACAAGUUUUGGCUUGAAACUCACAUCUGGCAUGCCAAGCGUUUUAAGAUGAUUGAGAAAUGGGGAUUCAAAUUGGCAGACCACUCAAACGAUAGGUGCUUCAGGGCAAGUUACAGAGCUGUUACAAAUCAUUGCUUGAUUCAGGAUAUCUCUUAUUACACAUGUUUAGAAAUUGAAGGUCCUGUAGACAUGCUCAAAGAAAAACUGAAGAUGCACUGCAACCCAAAUGAAGUGACAUUUGCUGCCAAAGCUUACAUUAGUGGGGAGAGAGAAGGUACUGUAAUGUUCUAUAAGAAAAAUGGAUAUCCAUCGGAUCCUAUCGGAUAUGUGCAUUUUUUGUGGAAACCUAACAAUCCUGAUACUAAAGCCAUUUGGAUUUGGGUACACCCUGCAUUUUACAGUGAGGUACUGGAUGAAAUCACCUCUAACUUUAAUUUUGAAUUACACGAAAGUAAAGGUCACAUUGAUAUCGAGAGUGAAGCAAGUCAAGAGAAAAUGAAAAACGAAGAAAAAGAAAUAGUUGCUCCAGCUUUGAAAAUCUUUAUGACAACUAAAAUUCCAACUUACAGUAAUCCAGAAGGAUGCAAGUUAACAAUACUAAGGAAUUGUUUGAACAGAUUUCGGCUGUGUGGCCCUUUGGCUCUUAGUAUAUUGACAGAUGCAUUCAAGUUACCGAAUAUCAAUUCAAGAAACAACACUUUAGGAAUUGAUGCAAUAAUUAUAGAUGAUGAAGAAAUUGUUGAAAAACAAGAUUCUGAAGAGAAAAAGGAUGAAUGGCAAAUGGAUGUGGAUACCAAUGAUAAAUCUGAUCACUCAAUUGAUACCUGGUUUCAUACCUAUUAUGAAUCACAAGAUAAUAUGGAAGUAUUUAAAAUUCAGAGAGAUGUUUACAAUAAUUUUAGAAGUUUAAAUUACGCAAGUCAAUUACCGCCAAACAUGGUACUUGCAUUAACAGUUUUAGAUCCAAGAUUUUUCUUACCUCACAAAAGAACAAAGUCUGUUCAAAGCUCAGAAGUAGGAGGAGGAAUUCCAAUGCCUCCAACUUCAUCUAAUAAGAGUCCCCUGUGGGAUCUGAAUGUUCGAAACUAUGUCACCAGAAACUGUAUAUCAGCGACAGCUAUUCAUAAACUAAGAAGCCAAAAUCUAGUCCCUGGUGUUGAGAAUGAUCAAUUUUUCAAUGAAGAUAUCAUGCACAAAAUACCAAUACUUUUGAUUCAGAAACCUGGUGAUUCUCACAAUAGCCUUGAUUUUGGAUCUGGAAUUGACAUUGUUUUCCCAACUGGUUGGGCUGUACCAUUCUGGUUGGCUCUUAUUAUGCGGUGUGCUAGACCUGGAGGAUUAAGAGAAUCCAAGUCAAUAGCUUAUGAAAGUUCAAAUCUCAAUGUUCCAACCAUAAAUCAUCCAGAUACAAAAGCUUAUAGAGUUGAAGCUGAGGAGGAAAAAUUAAGACUGACCCAAAAAUAUUUCAAAUUACCUCCAAACAAACGCACCAAUUACAUUAAAUUUGGAAUCAGCAGUCCUUUCUUUUGUGAAUGGAACAUGCUUGUGAAAGAAUGGACUGGUGUAGAUACUUUUUACGUUUUGAGAGAUUACAAAAUUCUUUCAAUACUUGGCACAAAACUAUGUCAAGAUUUAGAGAGGAAAAGAAAAAUUGCAAAGAAAGAAGGACAGGAAGACAGAUCAUCACAGGAUGUAGAAAAUUUUAUUGAAAAUAAGAACUGUCUCGUACCUGUAAGAGUCACAGCUGGCAGCAAAGGUUUAUCAAAAGACUUUUCCAUAAUUUGCCUACCUACAGAAGAAGACUUGGCAAAAUAUAAAGAGGAUAAAAAGUGGUGCGGCCCUGUGGAAUCUUUCAAAGUUGAUCCCAAUGAAGAAAAACGUAAAACUUUGAGAAAAGAACACAUUGCUUCAUUGAAGAGAUUAAGAAAACAAAGAGUUCGCGCCAAAAAGAAAAUAGAAAAUGAAGGCUGUAAUAUGCCUAUCGAAAAUACUGAAGAAGUUAAACACUUUAAUAAAUUGAGAGACCUGGUAAAAAAGAAACUUGGUGACAGUAACAAAACUCUUAUUGAUAAUCAAGCCCAAAUGAUGUCAAGCCUGUACUUACCCAAAUGUACUGGUGUAAGGCAUUCCUGUGAUAGAGAAGUGAUUGGAUAUGUCACUCAAGGUGGAUUUUCCCUUUCUGAAGCUAAGGGAGUUGGUUUGGGAUAUAUAGUUUUGUUACCAGCUAUUAACUUGAUAAAAGAAAAAACGAAUAUGGUCCUUACUAGAAACCCUACAACUCGAAAGUAUAGAAUAUGCAAAAUAGAGAUAUUGUAUUAAAAUGUAUCAAAGAUUUUUCAAAGAUAUAAAAAAGUACAUUCAGUAAGAACCAUUGUAAAUAAGGCACAUUCAAAAGUUGAGAUUUCAAAUAUUUUAUAUGUAAAACUUUUGUAAAUAAAUAUCGUUAUUUAUCAAAAAAAA